UCCCAUGAUGCACGUGUAGUAUCCGCUUGAAAAACAUUGUGAACAGCGCCCGUGUGUCCGGUGUGAUAUAACUCGCUAGGAGCAAAGCCGGUCUUGAUUUCCUAAAGAAAAAUGCCUGAGGGUCCUGAGCUUCAUUUGGCCAGCCUGUAUGUCAACAGGAUGUGUGAGGGUCUUGUGUUUACCGGAGCUGUGGAGAAAUCUGAUGUAAGCAAAUGUCCCGAGGUUCCGUUCAGCUGUGAUACAUACCGCAUCAAAGCCCAAUCUAGAGGUAAAGAGGUCCGACUCACGCUCACUCCAAUCAAGAGUGAUCAUGAGAGAAAAAGCAAGACGGGCCAACCCCAGCAGCCAAUGGAUGUGGUUUUCCGGUUCGGAAUGUCUGGAUCUUUUCGCUUCACCACGGUGGAUGAACUUCCGAAACACGCCCAUUUACGGUUCUACACAAAUGAGAGCCCACCCAGAGCUCUGAGUUUUGUGGAUGCACGCAGAUUUGGCAGCUGGCAACCAAAUGGGAUCUGGCAAGCGGCUAGAGGCCCCUGCAUUAUGUUUGAAUAUGAAAGUUUCAGAGAAAACGUGCUUUCGAAUCUGUCUGACAAGGCAUUUGACAGACCCAUCUGCGAAGCCCUCUUAAAUCAGAUGUAUUUCAACGGAAUUGGAAACUACCUUCGAGCUGAAAUUUUGUACAGAUCACAAAUCCCCCCAUUUGUCAAGGCCAGGACAGCACUGCAGGGACUCGAGUCAACCGUUGAAGAUAAAAAGAAAGUCAAGAUGGAAAAUGCAAUUACCAAAACUGCGGAUGUAGCUGAGAUGGGAAUGAAGGCUGAGAGCCCAGAUCUUCUUUAUCUUUGUCACACUGUUCCUUUAGAAGUGGUGAAAUUGGGUGGAAAAGGUUAUGACCCCCAAACCUCGGAUUAUUCCCCCCUUAUAACCUGGAUGCAGUGUUACGGCGUGAAUGGGAUGAAAUCUAUAAGAGACCGCAACGGACGAACAAUGUGGUUUAAAGGUGACCCCGGUCCUAUGGCCCCCAAAGGAAAGAGUAAAAUACAGAAACGAGAACGGGACUACACAGUUUCAAAGAAGGCUAAGAAGAAACGCACUGACGAUGCUGUGAGCGUAAAGUCGGUUAAACAAAAGGAGAGGAAGAAUAUAAAAAAGGAAACUAAAACAUCCACAUCACAGCGUGGCUCAAAAAGUCAGAAAUGUGGCGAAAAGAUCAAUGCAGAAGAAAACAAAAGGCCAGUCAGAAAGAGCACAACAGGUCGUCUUAGAAGUGGAACUAACCAGGACAAAGGCCAAACUAAGAAGCAAGGAACUACAACUAAAGCAAAAACUAAAUCGGUCACCUGCCGGAAAAGCACCACAAAAGCAAAGCCACAGCGAAGAAGCAGCCGUCCAGGACGAAAGACAUAAUCGAUAACUCAAAGCGGAUCAUUUCCAAAGCACCAAACUAUUAUCAGAGCACUCAGACUUUAAACAAAUAAAAUGUAUACUUUAUA